CUUUCACACCUCACUGAGUGAAGCUUAUCUGUGGUUUUCAUUCACACUCAACCAAAGAGUAUCUAUGUCUCAACUCAGCAACUAUGGAACAAAGUGUUAGUGUGAGUCAAAAGACCUUGAACUUAAUGUAACGUCCUUGUGAUGUCUAACUGUGUUUCAGUGGUACUGAGUCAGAAAGGCUGGAGUGUUACCUACACCAAGAAGAGUAUCUGUACCUUGAAGGGGUCAACAGUGGAGAUGUCCUGCUCUUACACAUAUCCCAGUGGUACAGUCACAACAACCUUCUGGUUCACUAAAAAGUAUGCUGUGGAGAAUUAUGUAAAUCUGAGAAAGGACCCAGACUACAAAGGUCGUGUGACGUACCGUAGUGAUAAGACGAAUGGACACACCCUGACAAUCACAGACCUGAGAGAGAGUGACUCAACUGAGUACAAAUUCAGAUUUACAGAUCAGACCAGAGGGAAAUAUACUGGUGAUCCUGGAGUCACUCUGUCUGUUACAGACCUGCAGGUGAAGGUGACCACUACAUGGUGGUCAACGACACUGACCUGUAGCACCACCUGUACUCUGACUGACAACCCCAACCCCACCUACAUCUGGUACAGGAACAGUAAGAUUGUACAAGAGGACUCCUCCCCCUCAUACACAGUCUACUUUAAAACUGAAGACAGCUUCUACUGUGCUGUAAAAGGCAUCAAUUCUCCUGCAGUGUACGGCCCAAAGAACACCUCAGUGUCAGUCAGUCCCUCUGGUGAAAUAGUGGAGGGCAGUUCAGUGACUCUGACCUGCAGCAGUGAUGCCAACCCACCUGUGGACAAAUACACCUGGUACAAGAAGAAUGUAACCUCACCAAAAGCAUCAGGACAGAGUUACAGCAUCACUAACAUCAUCUCUGAGGACAGAGGAGAAUAUUACUGUGAGGCCCAGAAUAGAAAAGGAUCUAUGAACUCUACAGCUCUGAUGAUCAUUGUAGCAGGGAAACAAACCUCAGUUCUGACUGCAGCUGUAGGAAUCACAGUGUUUAUUCUGGUUCUCAUCCUCUUUCUCCCUUGCUUCAUGUGGUUCAGGAGAUCCACAGGAGGAAGUGAUGUCACAGCAGACACACAGAGUGUCGAUCCUGACCUUAACAAUGACUCCAACAUGGACACGUACACAGCUCUGAACAUGAAGACCAGGUCACCAGAGUAUGACACCCUGGCAAAUGUGAGGGACUCCUCUAGUGACACAGUCCCUCAGAUAGAUGCUGAGCCCUCAGAUUAUGAGAACUGUAGAGAACCCCCACAUAACCUGGACUGAAGGGAACUACCACAUAACCUGGACUGAAGAGAUCCACCACAGAACCUGGACUGAAGAGAACCACCACAGAACCUGGACUGAAGAGAACCACCACAGAACCUGGACUGAAGAGAACCACCACAGAACCUGGACUGAAGAGAACCACCACAGAACCUGGACUGAAGAGAACCACCACAGAACCUGGACUGAAGAGAACCACCACAGAACCUGGAUGAAGAGCUUCAGCACCAAACCAAAGCUAGGAUUUACACCUCUAUUCUCCUGCUAUCAUAUUGCUAUCAUAUCUAGAAGGCUUUCCAGAUAAUGAUCUUUAACUUUUUUUUUUAAUUAUGUCAUUAUCUUUAUUUUCUUGUAAAGUUAAGGAAAGGGAAAGGGGGAUACCUAGUCAAUUGUACAACUGAAUGCAUUCAACUGAAAUGUGUCUUCCGCAUUUAACCCAACCCCUCUGAAUCAGAGCGAUGCGGGGGGCUGACAUAAUCGACAUCCUCGUCUUCGGUGCCUGGUGAACAAUGGGUUAACUUCCUUGCUCAGGGGCAGAACGACAUAUUUUUGUAAUUAUGCUUAUUGGUGACAUAUCAAGAAGUGUUUCCUAAGCUUUAACUUCUGAGUAAAUGCUGGAGUUGAAUUCUCUUUCCUUGUAAUGAUCAUUGUGUAUAUUGAUGAGAAAUAAGAUAGAUUAUGCUUCUGCUCUUUUUCAAUGGGAUUUGACCAUUUGUAGAUUCUCUGUAACACAUAAAGCUUUUCUGUUUACUCUCUGUAGAUUAAUAUUAUGUUUCUGCUCUUUUUCUAUGGGAUUAGAAUUUUCCAGAUUUUUACAACAAAAAUAGGCCGACAUUUCUCAGUGACUAAUAUUGAUAACAGCUUUUUAUUACUUCUAGCUCUUGGACCAGGUUUCUCCUAAUUAUUUACUUUGUAUUCCUGUCAGACAUUAUUGCACAUUUUAUAUUCACUAUUUUAGAUACAUUAAAUACGUUUACCUUUGCAGUUUUUACAAUUUGGUUUGGUGUCAAUACAGUAUAAGCGCAAUGUUGUAAAUAAGCUCAAAGUUUAAGACAAUAAAUACAUUCAUUAGUUCAUUAACUAUUAA